CCCCCCCAGGAACGUCUCAGUGUCUAUAAAUGGAUCUGCUGUAAUAAUGUCUGGAGAUUCAGUGAGUCUGAUGUGCAUCAGUGACUCAAACCCUCCUGCUCUGAACUUCAGCUGGUUUAAGGAGAAUCAAAGCUCAGCUGUUGGAUCUGGACAGAGUUUCAGUGCAGUACAGAGUGGACGCUUCUACUGUGAGGCUCACAAUCCACAUGGAGCUCAGAGAUCAGCCGCCGUCACUGUCACUGUUAAAGGACAUUCGCUAAUAUUAUACGCAUCUAUUGGAGUGGGUUGUGGAGCUGCAGUUGUCAUUAUGAUGUUGCUGAUUUGCAUGAGCAGGAUGAAGAAGAGACAUAAUACAGAGCAGUCUCAGAUGAAUGAGUCCAGACCUCAUCAUGACACAAGCAAUUAUUACUGCGAUAAUUCGACUGACUCUGAGUAUGCAAAUAUAAGUAUGAAGACUUUUAAACCUCAUCAUGACACAUGUACAGACUCUGAUGAUGAUUUCACUGACCCUGUGUAUGGAAACAUAAUGAUCUCUGAAUAUUCUUCUUAUUAGCAGGAGUGUCGUUUACUUGUUGAAUGAAGCAGCAGAUGUAAAACAGCAGAGAGUCAGGCUUUUCCCCAGACAACAUGUGGUUUAACUGUUUAAGUCUGUCGUGUCUUUGUAAAUACAUUAACAUUAGUGUGUGAAACUGCUAGCUGCAUGUGGAGUGUCAGAUUUAUCCGGUUUUACCACUUUACCACGUUUUUAUUAGUCAGGAGAGAGGUAAGAUAACUGUGUUUAAUCACAUAUUUCUUUUGUUAUUUGAAUUCUUUCAGAUACAUCUUGUUUAGUCAUUUUAGCAUCUCUAU